AAACCAGGGCACCUCUGCCGCCGCCCCAUGAGUACGACCAUGGAGGUGGUUCUGGUGAAACGGAAUGGGUUUGCGCACGAUGGACUGAGUCAUCACCAUGAAUGACAGGUAUCACAAGGCGGCCCGGGACGGCUAUUUGGACCUGCUAAAGGAGGCGACGAGGAAGGAUCUGAACGCACCGGAUGAGGAUGGCAUGACACCGACGUUAUGGGCGGCCUACCACGGCAACCUGGAGGCUCUGCGGCUGAUCGUGGCUAGGGGAGGCAACCCAGACAAGUGUGACAUCUGGGGGAACACACCACUCCACUUGGCAGCUGCCAAUGGUCACCUCGACUGUCUUUUCUUCCUGGUGUCUUUUGGUGCCAACAUAUGGUGCCUGGACAAUGACUACCACACACCCCUGGACAUGGCCGCCACAAAGAACCACAUGGACUGUGUCCGCUACCUGGAUUCCAUUGCUGCCAAGCAGACAGGCCUUAAUCCCAAAAUGGUCAGCAAACUGAAGGACCGAGCGUUUCGUGAGGCUGAGCGACGCAUCAACGAGUGCGUGAAGAUGCAGAAGAAGCACCGCAAGUACAUGGAGCGAAAGUUUCACAAACAAGCAUCUGAAGCUUCUGCUUCAGAUGUCAUGAGCUUUUCCAGUUACACUGGCAGCUCUGUUAGCCACAAGCUACGCAACUUCAGUACAGCUACUGUCAGUGUGCCAUAUUCUAAGGCCACUCUCCAUGCCACAAAUCGAGGGAAGACAAAGAUUCAAAAGAAGCUGGAGAAGCGGAAGCAAGGAGAUGGGACUUUCAGAAUUUAUGAAGAUGGAAGAAAGAGUGUGCGCUCCCUUUCUGGAGUUCAGUUAGGUAAUGAUGUCAUGUUUGUCAAACAGGGCACUUACAUCAACCCAAAAGACAGAGGGCGCCGAAAUGUGCGUGAUAUGUUCCCUAGAGAUAACAACGAUGCCAUUUCUCGUGCCAUCAGUGAGCCAGACCUCCAUUGGCCAGAUAUGGACUAUUCUGAGAUCAGCACAGACUCUGGCCAUGAUUCCUUGUUUAAUAGACCAGGUCUCGGCACCAUGGUCUUUAGAAGGAACUACGUAAGUGGAGGAAUGUUCAACCUUGGUACUCGAGAGACAACCAGCUCAGGUAAUAAUGUACGUUUACGCAGUAGGUUGGAGCACUACCCAAGUAUAGAUGAAGACAGCAUCGGAAGUGCACACAGCCUGCUGGAAAGAAACUUGGAUGAGUUGCCUUGGGAAGAAGUUGAAUUAGGGCUGGAUGAUGACAAUGACCCUGAAACAAGCCCUCUGGAGGUCUUCCUUGCCACACUAAGCAUGAAUGAGUUUUACUUCAUCUUCAAAAGAGAAAAGAUCGACUUAGGAGCUCUCCUGCUUUGUUCGGAUCAAGACCUUAAAAGUAUUCAUAUCCCCUUAGGGCCAAGAAAAAAGAUCUUGGAUGCCUGUCAAAGACGACUGGAGAUCAUUGAGGACCCAGAUUCUAUUGAAGACACAGAAUUGUAACAAAAGCUGUGGAUGAUCUGUCUGUUGCAAUGUGGGACAUUAUGGUCUUCAGAAAUAAGUAGGAAGGACAGUUAAUACUGGUGGAAAAACAGACUGCAUACUGUCAUGGUGAAUAUAUCAAGCGAAAGGAAAUGGGUGAGAUAAAUUCCUAACAUGAUUCUUUAUUCUUGGAUUUGAAUGAUUACAGAAAUUAUUUCUUGUUAAAUUGAAAGUUGGAGUUGUCUUCACCGAGUAGUUUUACAAACUAUAUGCCGUUUUCAUAUGACAGCUUUUUGCCAGGUCAUUGUGUACCAUGCUGUUUAUAGAUAGAGAUGUGUUCUAUAAGAUGUCUUCCCCUGUGGGGUUAAUCCAACCACUUUAUGUGCCUGCAAUGUUUGUGCCUGCCCAUUCACUUAAAAAGGGCAAUGAAAAUAUGUACAUACAUAUACACAAACCUAAAUGUAAGAUUAUUAUUAACUAUACACUAACCACUAUUUCAGGCAAUGUUUUUAUUAACAUGGAAUUAUUUUCAACAUUUUAUAUGUUUACACACAGAAUGCCAUGUUAGUCUAAAUGUGCUUCAAAGGUAAUUAAGGCCAAUUGUUUGUUGAGAUGAAUGCUAUAAUUUACUGUAGUUUACUGCUUAUUGUGGUACACAUUGUAUACCUGUUUUACAAGUCUCCCAACUUCCUCAAAAUGUUUUAUGGUUUUCAUCUAAACAUUUACAUAGGUUAAUGUUUACUAUUCCAACAAAAACAGAAAAAGCAUUUUCAGGGUGAAUAAAAUUAAACUAGUCUUUUCACAGUACAACCUUAAAAACAUGGUGUAUUUUUGUACCUUUCUCUCUUUUAUCCCUCAAGUCACCAUAAGAGCUUUCUAGACCAUCACCAUACAUUUUUGCAGCAGAAUGAGCCUAAGCAAGUAAGAGGUUUCUUACAGAGGGGUGUGCACAGCUACGCAUGACAUACUUCAAAAUGACUUGAUCUGAUGCAACGCUUUGUGUCCAUAUCUCAGCAAGUGCACUCAGGAAAAAUUAUGCACCUUAAAUACAUGCAAAAAUGAAUGUCCACAUUUCUACGUGUGACUCCAAGGUUGUUUUUUUUUGAAGGUGUGACAAAUGCAUUUUCAGUUGUACUGCAAACUAAAAUACUCACAACUUCCUUUGGUCUCCCUGGAAUAAUUCUAUGCACUAUUUGGACUUGCAUGAGCUCCACCUCAGCUGGUAGUCCUUUUCCUCUGGAAACCCAGAGAAUACCAAUCUUGAUUUAAAGGGGUCUGGUGUGAAUGCGAUGAGGGUGUGACCUUUGCAUGAAGCGUGCAUGGCCAGUCCUGCUACGAAUUGAUGACCAAUCCGCACUGAAGCACAAGCGGGCAUGGUAUGGAUAGAGAACAUAGAGAACCGCUGCCACACCAGGAUCCAAAUAUACAGCCACCACAAAAAUGAGCAACGCUGAUCUCACCACGGAAAUUUAACAUACGCUCAAAAAUGUUGGGGAACUCUAAUACUCCAUCAUACCUGUUGAGAAGUGCACUGUUUCCUUAAUGCACCCCAGAAGGCCUUUUCAAAAUCCAGCAAAGUCCAUCAGAAAUGUUGUAGAUAUUUAAUGUACAGGGCGACCUUAAUCUGGUGUGAAGGGGGGCUAAUUAGAUCGUCAAUUUGCUAAAACAAAAUCAAACAAUCUUGGUUAAGAUGCGGCUAUGAAUGUCUGAUCAAUCAAGUAGUUCAAUCUGUUUAUUAAAAAAAUCUGGAAUGUUACAAAACCCAAUAUUCUUCCCAUCCUCACACAGAUGAGAAAUAUAUCAUUUGCACUGUUAGCACAUGCUAAGCUUCCACUGUAAGCACAGAGUGCAGUAACCCAUAAAAAAAGGAGCUUUGGUCAGUUUCCUUCUGAUAAAGAGCUGCAAUGAGGAAAUCAAUAUCUUUUAUUACCAACAUGUCUAUUAAAACUGUUUUUUAUCAUUGGUGUGAACUGUGCAUUCCUAUCUAAGCUGUUCAACUAAAAAUACUGCCGUUUGUUUUGUUGAUAGCUUGUGUGAACAAGAACAUAGGUCACACAAACUGUUUGAACCAGAUUUUCAUCAGGUAAACAAUUUCCAAACAACAAAGGUAUUUUCUAAUCUGGUUAGUCUAAAUCUCUGACCAGCCACAUAAUGUCACGGAGUCGUAAAUAUUGCAGGCCUUUUAAAGUUUUCACAUAAAAAGGGUACAGAAGCAAGUUAACCAGGAAAAUGCCUCUAAACAAUGAAAACAAAACUCCUCAUAAGUAACGUUUAAAGAGAGCAGUACUCAGUGGGGAGGCCAUUUUUUUGGUGAACUACAGGGCAAACUAGUAACCAACAAACAUACGUUGCCUUUGUAAGGCUUUUACAGUGAGAGUCAUUAUCUCUUUUUACGUGCCUAAAAAACUUGUUUUGCAUUAUUUGCUGUUAUUUCAGCUUUUAACCUUGUUCUCUCUAUUCUCUUUCUAGAAGCUACACCUGGCCUGGCUUUGUGUCUACCUGUGACAC